AAAGAAGCUCAAAAAAGCUCCAUAGCUUAUAACAAUGGAUGAUUUGCUUUGGAAUGGCUCAUGGAACAACGGAGAAGACGACGGCUGCAAAGAAAGCCUGCUUUUUUCAGACGGCUCGAGUCGUUGUUCGAGUCCUCCAUUACAAGAGCUUCAAACAGUUGCAAGAAUCUUGGGGUUGUCGGAGAUCGAAACUCCGACGCCGGAUAUGAGGGCGGUGGAACUGGCUGUGGAUCCCAAGUCAUGGCCGGCGGGAGCUAGCCCCGGUGGACUUCUGUUGGAAGAGCUUGAAAAUGACAAAGGAAUUGGGGUAUCUCCGUCAUCUUCAACUAACUAUGAAGCCGAGUCUAGUGAUCGAGAUCAAAUCGUGUCACGAAUGAAGGAACUGAUAUAUCAUGCAGCGGUGUUUAGGCCGGUGAACUUAGGGAUAGAGACGGUGGAGAAGAAGAAGAGGAGGAACGUCACGAUGUCGAAGGAACCGCAGACGGUGGCGGCGAGAAAACGAAGGGAGAAGAUAAGCGAGAAAAUUAGGGUUUUGCAGAGGUUGGUUCCUGGUGGGAGCAAAAUGGACAUUGCCUCCAUGCUUGAUGAGGCUGCAAGCUACCUCAAGUUCCUUAGGGCACAAAUCAAAGCACUAGAAGGCAAUGGCUACAAACUUGGCUCAAAUUGCACCUCCUUCAACCCCACUAUUUUUCCUUCAAAUGCUUAUUUUCCUUUCUAAAACCUCAAAUAUAUUAUGUCCCCAAUC